AUGCCGGCCAUCGCCCAACGCCCUCAGUCGGCCUAUGGUCCUCCCAGGUCGUCGGUCGAGUCUGACAGCGGCAGUGGCAGUGAACGUUUUACUUCAGCUCUCGAAAGACGGGCCAGUUUCCAACCACAGUCCGCUCUCAGAGCACCGAACCAGAGCAGACAGCCAAGCUGGGAAAGAGUGCCGAAAGAUGGAAGUGUACAAAGGGCCGCCGGAGAGGUCAGCGGCUUGAAAGACUAUCAAUUGGGCGAUUGCCUCGGGAAGGGUGCCUUUGGCAGUGUAUACCGUGCCUUGAACUGGGGUACUGGCGAGACUGUUGCCAUCAAACAAGUCAAACUAGCAGAUCUGCCGAAAGGCCAGUCUCGCGCAAUUAUGAUGGAAAUCGAUCUGCUAAAGAACCUCAACCACCCCAACAUUGUCAAGUACAAUGGCUUUGUCAAGUCUACCGAAUCUUUAUACAUCAUUCUCGAAUAUUGCGAGAAUGGUUCAUUGCAUACUAUUUGCAGAAACUUUGGCAAGUUCCCGGAGAAUCUGGUUGCACUUUACAUGACCCAGGUCCUGAACGGCCUGCUAUAUCUCCACGAACAGGGUGUCAUUCACAGAGAUAUCAAGGGUGCAAAUAUUCUCACUACCAAGGAGGGUCUCGUCAAGCUGGCCGACUUCGGUGUCGCGACAAGGAAAGACACCGGUCUUCAUGAGAGCAGCGUAGUCGGUACACCCUAUUGGAUGGCUCCCGAAGUCAUCGAAUUGUCUGGUGCUACCACUGCUUCGGAUAUCUGGAGUCUUGGAUGCACCGUCAUUGAGUUGCUCGACGGACGACCUCCAUACCACAAGCUGCAGCCGAUGCCAGCCCUGUUCCGCAUUGUCAACGAUGAUCAUCCACCGCUACCCGAAGGAGCUUCUCCGGCCGUUCGCGAUUUUCUAAUGCAGUGUUUCCAAAAAGAUCCUAACCUCAGAGUAACAGCCAAGAAACUACUGCGACAUCCCUGGAUACUGAGUGGAAGACGAUCUGAUCAACCCGUCGCCAAACCUACGCAGUACGACGAAGCCGUCAAGAGUGUUCAACAGUGGAAUGAAGCACUCAAAUCGCCACAAAACACCUCCUCGAGGCGUUCGUCAUCAAGGCCACUGUCUCUGAGUCCUGUUCCUCCUAGACCUGAUGCUGGUUCACAUUUGAGGACUCCUGGUAUUAACAAAGGCGGCUUGGUACUGGCAAAUCGAGCAAACGACACAAAACCUUAUCAGUCACCUGAGAGCGAUGCCAAAGACAACUGGGACGAUGACUUUGCAACAUCCAUUGGCAACGCUGCCUUGCAUCUGCCGCAACUGAAGCCCCACGAUAAUUUUGCUGGCAUGCUAUCUUCGGACAAACUAAAGCAGUACGCCACCUUCGAUAUCAACGCUGAGGAAGAAGAGGGAGGUGACAAUUGGGACGACAACUUCGAGGGGGACUUAACGGUGAGGAGUCCCAUGGCGAUCAUACGGGGCGAUCCUAUGGAAACCGUGCGGCCUUUCUUCCCGCCUAGGGCAAACACCUACGACAUGAAAUAUACCGCUCCCACGAGGAACCCUCAGCAGUCAACGCUGCGACAGUCGCAGAAAGCGCUGGAGAAGGCUGACAAAGAAAAUCCAUCAAGAACACAGAUCCUUCGACCAAUGCACAAAGUCACCAAAUCUGAAACGAAGCCCACCGAGGCACCAGUGCGUCCAUCACUUUUGUAUAGAGAGAACUCGACGGAAGACUAUUCCGAUCUGCUUGGACCAGACAACGACUCCGUCUUUCGUCAGAAGCUUGCGGCACUCACUGUUCGAAGCGACGACUCGUUUGCCCCCAAAUUAUUUCACCCCUCUGACCUGAAAAGUCUACCUCGACCGAGCUCACGCAUGAGCAAUAUGCGCCGACCAUCUCCCCAAAUCCACGAUGCUGCAGCAAUGCGUAGAACACGCUCCGAAGUGGAAAUACAGAAAUACGCGGAAGACCCCGAGGACGAAGACUUUUCGGACAUCUUCGGCAAAGAAGAUGUGCAGCAAAUUCCGCAACCCGAAAGUGAGAGUGGCUCUGACAUUGGGACUCUCAUGCUCAACUCAAAACUAUCGAGCCACUCAUGGCUUGGCGACGAGGAGGAUGAGGAUGAUCCGUUUGCGCAACUUGAAGAAGGCUUUGACGAAAUGGACUUGGAGACGAACAUCGCACGUGACAAGUUUGCUCGCUUAGUGACACUUGUCGAGGGUCUCGUGGGAUCACUCAAAGUUUCACAACCCGAGGACUAUCUGGAAGAUAUCGUGGACCAGCUAUUCUCGGUAUUGUGGGAGUCUCCUGAAGUCAAGACCGUGGUCAUGUCUUCGCAUGGUAUGUUGCCCAUCUUGGAAAUUCUGGAAACGUGCAAUCGACCAACGACCAUCUUACGCCUACUACAAGUGGUCAAUCUGAUCAUCAUGGACAAUGUCGAGAUUCAGGAGAACCUCUGUUUCGUGGGUGGUAUACCCAUCAUUACUCGUUUCGCGCAGAAGAGAUAUAGUAGCGACAUCAGACUGGAAGCUGCUGCUUUUGUCCGACAGAUGUAUCAAACCAGUACACUCACGCUUCAGAUGUUUGUCAGUUGUGGUGGUCUCAACGUCCUGGUUGAAUUUCUCGAAGAAGACUAUGAGGCGGAGAGAGAUCUUGUUCUGAUCGGUGUGAAUGGUGUUUGGAGUGUGUUCGAGUUGCAAGGUCCGACACCGAAGAAUGAUUUCUGUCGAAUCUUCUCGCGCAGCUCAGUCCUGUACCCAUUGUCUCUAGUGCUCAACCGAGUCCUAGAAGAAGAGGGCGAACUUGCUGAGCUGGUCGAGGGCCGCAUCGUCAACAUUUUUGUACUGUUCUCACAGGCUGAAAAUCACGUCAAGGAAGCAGUUGCAGACCGUAUGGUCUUGAAGCGCGUGCUGAAGGACUUGAAACGCAUGUCUCCCCAGCAUCAGAUCACCAUGCUCAAGUUCAUCAAGAACUUGUCCAUGCUGGCCACCACACUUGACGCUCUUCAAAACUCGAAUGCCAUCGAGGUCUUGACAGAUCUUCUGAACGCCAGCAUGAAAGUGCCACACUUCCGCGAAAUCUCGAAUCAGGUCUUGAACAUCAUGUACAAUCUGUGCAGGCUGAGUAAGACGAGACAAGAGGAUGCUGCGUUGAAUGGCGUUAUUCCUCUGUUGCAGCGUAUCGUUAAGACCGAGCGUCCGCUGAAGGAGUUCGCACUGCCUAUCCUGUGUGAUAUGGCACACUCUGGCAAGGUCGGGAGGAAGAUAUUAUGGCAGAACAAGGGUCUCCAAUUCUAUGUUAGCUUGCUUGCAGAUCAGUAUUGGCAGGUCACGGCUUUGGACGCCAUCUUCGUCUGGUUACAAGAAGAGACGGCAAAGGUAGAAGAGCACCUUCUCAGGGAUGAAAGCUUCUCUCAAGCAAUCAUAAACUGCUUCAAUCACAGCAAAGCUGACAGUUUCGAAAACUUUCUCGAGCCUCUACAGAAACUGUUACGCCUCAGCCCCCCACUGGCAAGCUCCCUUAUUCAUCCAGAUCUCUUCCUACGAACUGCUCAGAAACUCCGCACUAAGAAGGCUCUGGUCCGUCUCAACCUGCUUAGAAUUAUUCGCAGUAUCUGCGACUCUAGCGACGAAGACGGCGCCCUUAUUCAUACGUACGGCUUACAUCCUGUCAUCGCUGAGACUGCUAAGUACGACCCGGCGAUCCUGGUGCGUGAGAUGGCAUCAGACUUGAUCAAAUCUUCUGAACUGCACGUCUCCCGGGCAGUUCACAACGCUCGUGUGGGCGAAGUCAACAAUCGACGUCCGAUGCGUCGUUCGAGUUCUUCGACCAUGGUGCCUACUAACAACUCUCUUCCUCCUACUCCAACGACGGAUCGUAUACCAGGCCGUAUUGGAAGCUACUUCGACCACUCUGGUGAUCUUCAACGGCCUUUCUCACGCGGUGCUACCGGCAUGGUGUCCCCUUACCGUCCCACUAGUCGUGAUGGAGGCUCUGGAGGCUCAUCAGCAGGUUGGAGUGCAUCCGGCUUCCUGGCUUCUCCGAGCGCUAUCCCUCCAGUCCCUGGAUUAGUGUCGCUCGAUCGCGCCGGCUCCAACAACAUCAACAAUCUCGUCUCCAAGUCUAGAUUACCACGAACCAACCACUCUCGCGGAACCUCUGGCGCGCGCCUCAGCCUCGUUACUGCCGAAGGUAGAACCUCGCGUCCUGGCUCCCGCAGCGGCCUAAACAACGAGAGAAGCGAGAGCUUGACACCCAAGAAUACUACAGCACCUCACAGCCAUGCGAGAACACCCAGUCGUCUUGGCCACCAUCAUCAACUUUCUGCACCAUCGGCGGGUGUCGGAAACCUGAGGCCUUCUCGAGGCAGACGUAUGACUAGCUCUAGUAGCAGCAACGGCCUCGGAGGGAACUAG